AUGUCACCCACCAAAAUUCAUUCCGAGGUUCCAUCGUCAAUGGCGAGCUCUAAAUCGGCUCAAGUGGAAUAUAUUGAGAAGGAAAACACGCCAGAAGGCUCACCGGCUCGGCUUAGGCAUGGCCAGGCAGUUCAACAGUUGGACGAGGCGGCAGAAUCCCGCCUCCGUCGAAAAAUCGACCUGCACAUCGUGCCAACCGUAGCCAUUCUCUAUCUCUUUUGCUUCAUUGAUCGGACCAAUAUCGGAAAUGCUCGUCUUUCCGGGCUCGAGAAAGACCUUGGCCUGAAGGGCUACGAUUACAAUACGGUCCUGUCCGUAUUCUAUGUCAGCUACAUCAUCUUUGAAAUUCCCUCCAACAUGGCUUGCAAGGUGAUCGGUCCCGGCUGGUACCUGCCCGCGGUCUCGCUCGGAUUUGGUGUCACCACAGUGGCCUUUGCAUUCGUGCGGGAUAUCAACGCGGCGUGCGGUGUGCGGUUUCUACUCGGUGCCCUCGAGGCGGGAGUACUCCCGGGAGUCGCAUACUACAUGUCGCGGUGGUAUCGGAGGGGCGAGCUCGUGUUUCGGCUUUGUCUCUAUAUUGUCAUGGGGCCCUUUGCUGGCGCGUUCGGGGGUGUCCUGGCCUCGGCGAUCCUCAGUCUCGAUCACUUUGGUGGCACUAGAAGCUGGGAGAUGAUAUUUGCUAUUGAAGGAAUUAUCACCGUCGGCCUAUCGUGCAUUGCCUUUUUCACUUUGACGGACCGCCCCGAGACUGCAAGGUGGCUCAGCCCAGAGGAGAAGCAAUUCGCGACGCAACGAAUCUUGUCCGAACGUGUGGGAUCAACAGAACUCCUCGAUAAAUUGGAUGUCCCCAAAACGCUUCGCGGAAUUUUCAACCCUGUCGGAUUGACUACUGCGGUAGUUCUUCUGUUGAUCAAUAUCACAGUCCAAGGGCUUGCAUUUUUCCUCCCCACGAUUGUUCGCACGAUAUUUCCUGAUAGGUCGGUGGUGACUCAGCAGCUACUUACAGUCCCUCCCUAUACAUUCGGCUCCUUCGUUGUCCUUACUAUCUGUUGGUUUAGUUGGAAACUUGAUCGACGAAACUACUUUAUGACGCUCGGCUCCUCGAUCGUGAUACCAGGAUACAUUAUUUUUCUGGCCACCACGAAUAGUAUGGCUCGAUAUAUUGCCACAUUCCUCGUUGCCGCCGGCUCUUUUUCGUUUGGGGCCCUCACCCAGGCGCAAAGCGCGGCAAAUGUGGUGUCCGAUACGGCCAGGUCUGCUGCUAUCGGCACAACGGUCAUGUUUGGAAAUAUCGGCGGUCUAAUUUCGACCUGGUCAUUCUUGCCUGCCGACGGACCCAAUUACCCCGUAGGGAAUGGUCUAAAUCUUGCGACAAACUCGACCAUCGUUCUAACCACGCUGCUCCUUGGAUGGUGGAUGAGAAUGGAUAACAAGAAGCGUGAUCGACAAAGCGCGGCGGGACACCAGGCGCUCCAGGAGGCCAGCGAGAGGCAAAUUCAUGACCUCGACUGGAGACAUCCAGAUUUCCGGUGGAAAGAUUGA